AUGAUGGAACUUCUAGCUAUUCGUCAUGCGCUCAGUGAAUGUUCUCACUUUCAUCUAACAGAAUUAAUUGUGGAGUCGGAUUCUCAAAAGGGAAUCUCAAUGCUUAAUGGUCGGGUUACAGUGGACUCAGAUCUGGAGGGAAUUGUCUUUGAUAUCCAGCAGUUGGUGGCUUCUCUUUCUCGGGGGGUAAUCAUGUUUGAGAUCACCUUGGAACUGACUGGCUCUUAA